AUGGAACUACAAGCAACUAAUGUGGGUACAACUGUGAAGCUUGAGGUUGUUAAUGAGCCUAACAAUGCUAGAGAAACAAGACAGAUUAAAAGGGUGUAUAUUUGCUUAGGGGCAUUAAAGAAAGGGUUUAAAGCAGGCUUAAGAGAUAUUCUGGGACUAGAUGGUGCUUUUAUGAAAGGACCAUUUCCAGGCCAAGUACUCACAGCAGUUGGAUUGGAUUCAAACAACGACAUAUACCCACUUGCAUAUGCCAUUGUUGAGAUUGAAAAUAUGAGUAGUUGGAAAUGGUUUCUAGAAUGCUUGGGAGAUGACUUAGAGUUGUACUCAAAUUCUAACUUUACUUUCAUGAGUGAUAGACAAAACGGACUCUUACCUGCUAUUGCACAACUAUACCCACAGGCUGAGCAUCGAUUCUGUCUAAGACAUAUUUAUGAGAGCAUGAGGACAAAAUGGAAAACAAAAGAGUAUAAAGAUCACCUAUGGCAGUGUGCAAUAGCAACCACAGUACUAGAAUUUGAACACUACAUGAAUGAACUUAAGAAGUUUGAUAAGGAUGCUUUUGAGUGGUUGAAGAAAACCCCCCCUCACCAUUGGGCUAGAAGCCACUUUUCAGGCAGAGCAGGAUCAGAUAUAUUGCUCAACAAUUUGUGUGAGGUUUUCAACAGUAAGCUUAUUCAUGGUAGGAAUAAGCCCAUCAUAAGUUGUCUUGAGUACAUCAGGCAGUACCUUAUGAAGAGGAUCUGCAAUGUGAAGAAAGUGAUGUCUAAAGCUCCAGGUCCACUCACUCCAACAACAUCAAAGUUACUUUAG